AUGGAUCACAUAACUGUACAGAAGGAUGAUGAAACCAAUAUAAUACGGGGCUUGACACCAGAUGAUUUGAACGACAGACCGAGAACAGUCAGUGCGACCAGCAUCACCCGAUAUGAAAAUCUAGACGCUGAUAAAAUCUUGAAUGCUUAUGGCAAAUAUGGAAAAUAUCAGAUGCGUGCCUACAUCAUAACAAGUAGUGUUCAUCUUCUUUUUGCAACAAAUAUGAUGAUAAUGCCUUUCAUCACUGAAAAGGCUCAUUUCUCGUGUGCCAUCAAUGAACCUGAGAACAGUAAUUGGGUGUAUACGGUAGUUGACAGCUGUAAUAUUCUCGAUAGUAACAAUUGGACUAUUGGAUGUACGAAUAUACCAGGUGCCAGCUACAAGUUCGAUGAAAGCAGUAAAGCUUCGAUUGCUUCAUCGUUUGAUCUUGUAUGUGAUGAUUAUUCUAUGGUUGAGCAUGGUUCUUCAGCUUUUCUUCUAGGUGGAAUGAUCAGUGGACCGAUCAUUACACAACUAUCUGAUAUUUAUGGAAGGAAGAUUACCUUUGUUAUACCGUUGCUUGUUGCCUUCAUUUCAAACAUGCUCUGUUGUUUGUCAUACAACUUUCCCAUGUUUUUGAUCUUACGAUUCAUCGCCGGAGUUGCAACUACAAGUUACUCUCUGACCGCUUCUGUACUAUGCAUGGAAUCAGUUUCCACCAAAUUCCGUUCUAUCCUACCAUUGUUGGGAAACUUCGCUUGGGUUCUUGGUUAUAUUCUGGCUGGAUGUAUUGCCAUCUUAGACGUCAACUGGAGAGUCAUGUAUUUCAUAGCUUCCAUCCCGGCCAUUUUCGUGAUACCAAUGGCUUGGAAAUGCCCUGAAUCUUUGAAUUGGUUGAUUACAAAGAAUAAAACUAAAGCUGUCCGUAGAUACAUUCAUGCUUCCACGAGGUUCAAUGGACAAGCUUUAGUUCUCGAUGAUUGUAAGUCAGCUAACGUCAGCGCUCCUGAAGUGAAAACCAGAACUUUCAUGGACAUUCUUGGUCAUUCUGCCUUGACUAUCACUUUGAUCUUCAACUGUUACAUCUUCAUCGUUAUGAAUGGAACUUACUGGGCCUUAUCUCUCUAUUCUGUGGAUUUGAGUGAAAACAAGAGACUCGGUUUCUUCCUGUCUGGGGUCGUCGAGAUUCCUGCGGCUCUGCUAGCUUCAUACUUAAUGGUUUUCUUCAAGAGAAAGACAGUUGCCAUUGGAGCCUUGCUGUUGACAUCAAUCUGUAUGUUCGUAAUGGUUUUCAUUUCGAUGCCAUCUGAAUUCGCAAUCAUCCUUCCCCUUGUCGCUAAAGGAUUGAACACCAUUGCCUGGUCUGUCCACCCAUUGUUGGCUGGUGAAGCUGCACCUACAUCCGUGCGAAAUGUGUACAGUGGAAUCACAUCUUUUGUAGGUGAUGUCGGAGGAGUUGCUGCCCCAUACCUGAAGAGACUUGAAUCCGUCAAUAUGAACGCUCCAACUCUCCUUAUAGCCAUCAUGUCCACGUUUGCUGGUCUCUUCGUUUUGAUCCUCCCGGAAACUAAAGACAAGCCAUUGCCUGAAGACCUAGACUCGUUCGAUGAUGGGCCAGUCAUACAUAGACUCUUAAGUCUGUUUUCUAGAGAUAAUAGAAAGAAAAAUUUGUCGGAGACAGCUCCAAUGAUCAUCGUGAAGAGUGAACAAGCUUAA